AUGGUAAGCCCUGCACGUUAUUGUCAGCACGUCUUACAGGUGUUUGACGACGCCGUCCAGCGCGACUCUAAGGCCAAUGAUCCGGAGGCCUCAAAAUACGUGCUGUUGUCUUCCAGUCAACCCGUGGAGCUUCGUUCUGACUCUGAGCUGGAAGACGAUGAAAUUAAUUCUGACAGCGACGAAGAAAUGCCGGAUCUCAUUGUCGCUCCUGUCAAGGCCGUCCAAACUUUUAAUGCCAAGCCUAGCAAAAGCACCUUCCCCGUACGCAAGGUUCGCUUUGGUGGCAUCGUUGCCGAAGAUCUUGUGGACGAGAACGGUCUUCCAAGAGACGGCUAUGACUACUCGCAGCACAUGAAAGAGAUGGGAGAAGGAAAGUUUUAUUCAGCUACUAGCCGCUUUGAUGCUGGGGAAGAAGCUCGAGUCUUGUCGAGGAAAGUAGAUUUGCCAAAAGAUGCACUGCCUAGCACCGAACAGGAUCGACUUCUAGAUGCAAUUACGCUGACCACAGAUGUCAUGGAUGAUGACUUAAGAGAAGCGCUUGUAAAUGACGAAGCUUUUGAAGAGCUCGAUGACAAUUUUGUGGCUGAAGCAGCUCAGGAGAACGCAGAAUUGGAAGGUGAUGAUGGUUUUGAUUAUGACGCACAUAUUGCCAAACUUAUGGAGGCAGCAAGCGGUCUCGUUCCAUUGUGCCGCGGCAACAUUACUGAUAGCGAGGAUGAGGAUCUGAGCGAUAACGACAAUGACCGGAAGAAUAGUGAAGAUUAUUACAAAGACGACGAAGCCGUAAUGGACCGUGACGAGGCUCAAAGAGCUCUGGACGAGCUGUUUGAAAAGACAUUAGCUGAAGAGUACGAUGACGAGCAGUUUGGUGAAUUGGAAGAGGAUGACCCGAAGACGCGCGGAAAAGAGACGCUGCAAGGCGAGCUGCUCACUACAAUUGUGGACGAUUACGUCAUUGUGCAGCAGGAGCUGGCAGAUUCAGAGGGAAGGCUAGGAAAUCCACUGCGCACAGGCAACAAUCUUAAACAAGUUUUAGAGGAAUGUGAGACCCAGCGCCAUGCCUACGAGUUUGAUGAGAAUGCAGAAACAGAAGACGAGGAAGAGCCAGAGGAUAUAUUAGCGCGCACUGAGCGCGAGGAAAAAGAGCUACAGGAGCUGUUUAAGCAAAAUCAGUAUCUACAGCGUGAAGAACACGAGAAAUGGGACUGUGAGACUAUUGUGAGCACAUAUUCGACUCAAGAUAAUCACCCUACGUUGCUCCGAGAGAGUACCCCGACCCGGCGCAAAAAUAAGAAACAGCCGCUACUUGCUUUCACUGCCGAGGGAAAUGAUAAGCAGAAAGUAACGCUGUCACGCAAGUCGGGAAUGCCAUUGGGAGUAUUUGAAGUUGCGUCGUCAGUUAAGAGCCAAUUCAACAAGCAGAGUCAGUCUGAAAAUAGUCGAAGACAGAAGGGCGAGACGAAAGAGGAAAAGCGUGCUCGCAAGACAACGGUCAAGAUGGCCAAGAUAGCUAGACGCGCAGAGAAGAAGGGUACGAAGUUGUUGUUCAAGGAAGAAGAAGCACGCCAAUUAACGCAGACUGUGCCGGGAUGCGUGUCUGUUUAUAAAUAUUAA